AUGCACGUGACGCGACGUUUUUGCGUCGAGCUCGCAGUCAUGCGCGCGGGGCUCUCGGCGCUCGCGCGACGCGCGCGUGCGCCGUACGCGUCGAAUGCGAUACGCACGACGAACAGGCGAAGCGUCGUCGCGAACGGCGCGAAAAAACGGGAGAAAUCGACCGCGAACGAGGUGAUUCCGGGCGGCGCGAAAUUUCAUUUACUCGUCUCUCGCGACGAUUGCGUCGACGAUACCUCGCCCAGGCUCGAUGCGUACGUCGCGAGCAGCGUCGUGGAUGCCUCGGCGUCGCGCGCGCGCGUCGCGCGGGCGAUCAAGGCGAGCAUGGUGAAAGUGAAUGGAAAGACGGAGCGAAAGCCCGCGCGCGGCGUAAAACCGGGCGACAUCGUUGAGGGCGAGCUCGAGGGCGAGCGCCGGAGCGAGGCGAUUCCCGAGCCCUCGAUAGAGUUAGAUAUCGUUUAUGAGGACGAGAGCGUGCUGGUGGUGUGUAAACCGGCCGGAAUGGUGACGCAUCCGAGCGCGGGGCACGCGCGCGGGACGCUGGUGAACGCGGUGUUGGGACACUGCGACUUGCCAGAGUUGGUCGUUCCCACGGGACGGGUGUCGAACAGAAUGAACGAAGACGGUGAUUUUGACGACGACGACGGACCGUCGACGUCAGAGUCGGAUUCGGACGCGGAAUCUGCGUCGGAUUCGGACGACGACGCGGGUUCGAUUCGGCCGGGCAUUGUGCACAGGUUGGACCGCGGAACGAGUGGGGUCAUGGUCGUCGCGAAAGACGCUUCGGCGCACAAUUCUUUGUGCAAUCAGUUCGCAUCCAGGACCGUUCGUCGAAGGUACGUCGCCAUCCUAAGCGGGGUACCGAAGACGAGCAAAGGACGCAUUGAAGCGCCAGUCGGACGCGACCCCAAGGACAGGCUUCGCAUGGCCGUCACUCCAGGGAGCGGGCGAUACGCGGCGAGUAAUUACGAGGUCAUCGCCACUCUGGCGAGUGGUAACGCCUCUCUCGUCGAGUGGCGGCUCGAGACCGGACGCACGCACCAGAUCCGCGUGCACGCCAAACACAUCGGCCACCCGAUACUUGGCGACGAGGUCUACGGCGGUGGCGGCGGCGCCGCGGUUGAUGCCCUCGCGCGCCGCGGCGUGUUCGACCUAAAGGCUGCGAAAGCGCUCUUAUCGAGAAUUGACCGACCGAUGCUCCACGCGCGAACGCUCGGAUUCACCCAUCCGCGCACGGGAGAAGCCAUGGAUUUCAGCCGCGACCCACCCGAGGACUUUGACGCGUUCGCAUCCGCGCUCGCCGAGCGAUGA